AUGGAGUCCUCGCUUGCAAAGGUCAAUCUGUGCUCUCCAGACCACAUAUCCCUCCUUGUACAUCGAACUUUCAAUGUUUCAAUACCCCGGCAUCAUAUUCCGAUUGAAGAAUGGGAAUUUGAGUAUGGCCCGGCUGAAAACGAUCCGGAAUACGGAAAAACAGACAGCCAAGGACACGAAGCCACUACGGCUGAAGAUGGUCAAGAAAUUGACCAUAGUAGCGGAGGGAAAUGGGUAAAACGGAUGACUGGAGAGCCAUUGGGAGGUCAAGAUGGCGUCUUGCAAUUCACAGUUAUUGGACUCACCGUGGCUAAUGAAAUGCUUUCUCUUCUUGGUUCAAUACAACCAGACCCAUUCUCCCCGCGCCAUACAAACCAGAAUGGCAAUACAAAAUCGCAGAAGGACAAUGAAGACAAAUCAGAAUUAGAGGAAUCCGAGGCUGAAGAGGGUUCAGACUCUGAACCCGAAUCUGAUGAGGAGGAGGAGGAAGUCGAAAGCGACAUGGACACUCGUCAUUCAUUGGGGAAACGCAAGGACGUCGACGAGACGAGUAAAAAUGUUGGGCGAGCUAAAGAUAAAAAAAGAUAA